UAUAAUCUCCGCUUCAACCUCCUCCAAAACACAAAAAUGUCCGGAUGGAAUGCCUACAUCGACACAAUGACUGCCGCUGCUCCAUCAAUCAAACGGUGUGCAAUCGUCGGAGCCGCUGAUGGAUCUGUCUGGGCUCGUACUGAGGCUGACAAUGUGUUCAAGGCAUCCGAAGAAGAGCUCAAAACCUUCGUUGCCCUAUUCAAUGACGUCACUCAAGUUCCAGCAAAAGGAGCCGAUAUCGAAGGAGUUCAUUACGUCGUUCCACGUACCGAAGAAUCGCUCAUCUUCGGAAAAAAGGAGAACACUGGAUUCUUCGCUGUGAAGACCAAGUCUGCAGUCUUGAUUGCUGUCUACGAGGGACCAAAUGAAGUUGCUGCACAAGUUCGCAAGGCUGUCGAGAGUAUGCAAACCUAUCUCAACAAUGCUGGAUACUAAAUACUUCUCUCUCUAUCGAUUGUUGUUCGAUUCGUAUUUAUUCCCGCUUUUCUCUAUUUUUUUUUUGCAAACUUCCCCCUUCUCCCUUCUCCCAAACCUUGAUUUCUACGAGUACAACGAUGAAAUUCGGUUUUCUUCCGCGUAAUCUUUCCCUCAAAACUCCCAUUCCCAGAGCAAACACAGAAACAGUUUUUAUUUCACUUUCAGCUUUAUCAUAAUGUAUUGUAUUCCCCCGUUUUGUUUUCUAGUAAAUUCAUUGCCAAUUC